GUAGUGAGGGCGAGAACGCGCAAUGCGCGAUCGUGAGAGACUGCACUGAUUAGCAGAAAAAAAAGGCAGUCAGCAGCGAACGUGACACGGGGAGAAGAGACUGACUUGUGUUAUUUAUGAAAAAAGAGAGGAAAAUGGAUUUUGUCUGAAUUGCAUCGCAGCGAAACCCUGGAUUUUGACCACAUUAGAACGGGAAAGGCGUUUCGAAGGGACGGUGCGAAUAGCAAUCUUAUUCUCCCAAGAUAGAGGAUUUUAAAUAGGACUUCUUGAGUGCUGUAUUUGUAAGCAAGCAUAGUGCGCGCCCUCUCCAUCCGAAAAGAGUAGCUCGGGAGCGCGCAAAGAAUUUGAUUCGGGCAAGAGUAAAGGUCCAAAAGGCCGGUCCCGGGGGGGCUGAGGUCAGACGCAGUGUGAAAGCUGGGAUGUCUUGAAGCAGUGUCCCGAGCCCUUCGAAGGAUGCGUUGCAAGUGCUGAUGGGAACUCCUGCUCCAAUAUGAGUGUUCAUGAUGUUGGAGGGAGACGACGCUUCGAAGACUCUGAGUUCACCCUGCGGAUCUACCCGGGCUCCAUCGCCGAGGGCACCAUCUACUGCCCCGUCACCGCCCGCAAGAACACCACCGCCGCCGAGGUCAUAGACCAUGUGAUCGACAAGCUCCAGCUGGACCGGACCAAGCUGUACGUCCUGGCCGAGGUGAAGGAGUUUGGCGGGGAGGAAUGGAUCCUGAACCCGACGGACUGCCCCGUGCAGCGUAUGCUGCUCUGGCCUCGCAUGGCCCUGGAGAACCGCUUCAGCGGGGAGGACUACCGCUUCCUGCUGCGGGAGAAGAACUUGGACGGCUCCAUCCACUACGGCAACCUGCAGAUGUGGCUGCGGGUGACGGAGGAGCGCCGCCACAUGGUGGAGCGGGGCUUCCUGCCCCAGCCGCUGCAGAAGGACCACGAUGACCUGUGCAACCUACCCGACCUCAACGAGAAGACCCUGCUGGACAACCUGCGCAGCCGCUUCAAGCAGGAGAAGAUCUACACCUACGUGGGCAGCAUCCUCAUCGUCAUCAACCCCUUCCAGUUCCUGCCCAUCUACAACCCCAAGUACGUCAAGAUGUACGACAACCACCAGCUGGGCAAGCUGGAGCCGCACAUCUACGCCGUGGCGGACGUGGCGUACCACGCCAUGCUGCAGCGGCGGCAGAACCAGUGCAUCGUGAUCUCCGGGGAGAGCGGCUCGGGGAAGACUCAGAGCACCAACUUCCUCAUCCACCACCUGACCGCCCUCAGCCAGAAGGGCUUUGCCAGCGGGGUGGAGCAGAUCAUCCUGGGAGCGGGGCCUGUGCUGGAGGCGUUUGGAAAUGCCAAGACCGCUCACAACAACAACUCCAGCCGUUUCGGCAAGUUCAUCCAAGUGAACUACCAGGAGAGUGGCACUGUGAGGGGAGCUUAUGUGGAAAAGUACCUCCUGGAGAAGUCAAGGCUGGUCUACCAGGAGCACAAUGAAAGGAACUACCAUGUUUUCUACUACCUGCUGGCAGGAGCAAGUGAAGAGGAGAGGACAGCUUUUCACCUCAGGCAGCCUGAAGAGUACCAUUACCUCAACCAGAUGACAAAGAAACCCCUCAGACUGCACUGGGAAAAUUACUAUGAGAGUGAACCGGACUGCUUCACCGUGGAGGGGGAGGAUCUGAAGCACGACUUCGAGCGACUACAGCUGGCCAUGGAGAUGGUGGGCUUCUUGCCCGCCACACGGAAACAAAUCUUCUCCCUGCUGUCGGCCAUUCUACAUUUAGGGAACAUCCGUUACAAAAAGAAGACCUACCGCGACGACUCCAUCGACAUCUGCAACCUGGAAGUGCUGCCCGUUGUAUCAGAGCUGCUGGAGGUGAAGGAAGAGAUGCUGUUUGAGGCCCUGACCACGCGGAAGACAGUGACCGUUGGAGAGAGGCUGAUCGUGCCCUACAAGCUGGCCGAGGCUGGAACGGUGCGCGACUCAAUGGCGAAAUCUCUCUACAGCGCUCUGUUCGACUGGAUCGUGUUCAGGAUCAACCAUGCGCUGCUCAACAACAAGGACUUGGAGGAGAGUGCCAAGAUCCUGUCCAUUGGGGUGCUGGACAUCUUCGGCUUCGAGGACUACGAGAACAACAGCUUCGAGCAGUUCUGCAUCAACUUCGCAAACGAGAGGCUCCAGCACUACUUCAACCAGCACAUCUUCAAGCUGGAGCAGGAGGAGUACCGCGCGGAGGGCAUCAGCUGGCACAACAUCAACUACAUCGACAACACCGGCUGCAUCAACCUCAUCAGCAAGAAGCCCACGGCGCUGCUCCAUCUGCUGGACGAGGAGUGCAAUUUCCCACAGGCCACCAACCAGACCCUGCUGGAUAAGUUCAAGCGGCAGCACGAGGGGAACAGCUACAUCGAGUUUCCUGCGGUCAUGGAGCCGGCGUUCAUCAUCCGCCACUACGCUGGCAAGGUCAAGUACGGGGUGAAGGAUUUCAGGGAGAAGAACACGGACCACAUGAGGCCCGACAUCGUGGCCCUGCUGAAGAGCAGCAAGAACGCCUUCAUCUGCGGUCUGAUCGGGAUCGACCCGGUGGCCACCUUCCGCUGGGCCAUAUUGAGGGCCUACUUCCGAGCCAUGGUGGCCUUCAGAGAGGCGGGCAAGAGAUAUGUGGAGAAGAAGAGCGGGCAUGAUGAUGCUGCCCCGUGUGCCGUUUUGAAAAGUGUGGAUAGUUUUAGCUUUCUGCAUCACCCUGUGCAUCAGAGAAGCUUAGAGAUCCUGCAGAGGUGCAAAGAGGAGAAGUACAGUAUCACUCGGAAGAGUCCCCGGACCCCAUUGUCAGAUCUGCAAGGCACCAACACGUUGAACGAGAAGUCGCCACGAGAGAGCUUCAGCGUGGGCUGGAACGGGCGGAGCGGGAGGCAGGGACGCCUGUCAUCGACAGGGUCCCUGCUGGAAGAGGACGGAGUCUUCGUCAACUCCACCAGCAGCAAGCUCCUGGAGAGAGCCCACGGCAUCCUCAUGCGGAAUAAAAACUACAGGGUAAAGCCCAGCCUGCCAAAGCACCUGCUGGACGUCAAGUCUUUGAAAUACCUGAGCAGCCUGACACUACACGACCGCAUUACCAAGUCCCUGCUGCACUUGCACAAGAAGAAGAAGCCUCCGAGCAUCAGUGCCCAGUUCCAGGCCUCUCUGAAUAAGCUAAUGGAAACACUUGGCCAGUCUGAGCCGUACUUUGUGAAAUGCAUCCGCUCCAACGCAGAAAAGCUGCCCAUGCGUUUCCAUGACGGCCUGGUGCUGAGGCAGCUUCGCUACACGGGCAUGCUGGAGACCGUCCGCAUCCGCCAGUCAGGAUACAGCAUCAAGUACACCUUCCAGGAUUUCAUUCGUCACUUCCGGGUGCUCCUGCCCGUCGGCACCAGUGCUACCCAGGACAGCCUCAGAGCCUUUCUGCACCAGGUGGACCUCUCUCCGGAUGGAUUCCAAGUUGGCAAAACAAUGGUGUUUCUGCGAGAGGCGGAGCGGCAGAGGCUACAGGACCUGCUCCAUCAGGAGGUGCUGCGGAGGAUCGUCACCCUGCAGCGGCGAUUCCGGGCGCUCCUGGAGAGGAGACACUUCGUCAGCAUGAGGCUGGCGGCCGUCGCCAUCCAGCGAUGGUGGCGGAGCUACAGGGAGAAGCAGGUGGAUGAGGAGGAGGAGGAGGAGCCUGACCCCGCCCUCCAGGAGGGGGCUGCGCUGUACCUGCAGACGGUCUGGAGGGGUUACCUGGGGCGUCGGCGGUUCCUCCGGCAGAGGGAGGCCGCCCAGGUUAUCCAGAGGAACUGGCGGAAACACAGCUACCAGCGCGGCCGGGCGGCGCGGACCAUCCAGACGGCGUGGCGUGGCUACCACCAGAGGGACAGCUACCACAGGCUACGGGACAGGAUGGUGCUCCUGCAGGCCGCCAGCAGAGGGUACCUGGCACGGCAGAGGUUUAGGGACCUGAAAGAACUGAAGUUGGAAGAGAGGCAGCUGCAAAAUGGACAGGCCAGACCAACACCGGAGGAGGAAGCUCCAAGGAUUAUGGGAAUGGACAUUGGAACGUGGGAGGACCGAUCAUACGAGGAGCGAGAGAGGAGCCUCCAGAGACUCAGCUCUCUGCAGGGAGCGGAGAAGGAGGCCCCCGAGGACUCACAGGCCACGGUGGGAGCAGAGAGGAGCGCGGAGUUUGGAGCCAGAGCCGAAGCCGUGCCGGAGGUGGCUGCGAGAGAGAGGCCCAGGACGCUGGACGAUCCUAACCAGAAAACGAGGGCCAAGAGGGAGAGCCGGAGGAUGAGGGAGCUGGAACAGGCCAAGUUCAGCCUGGAGCUGCUGAAGGUGAGGUCCACAGGCGGGGCGUCUCCGUCCGAGGAGAGGCGGUGGUCCACCGAGCUGAUCGCAGAGAGUGCGCACUCCCCGCAGGGUACCCCGGACAGCGAGAGCUCCAGGGGGAGCUUCGAGCUGCUCAGCGUCGACGACUAUCCCAAAGGUGCACCGGGCACCACGGAGGCAGAAGGGGCCGGGUCUCCGUCCACCACACCAGAGCAUCCAGAGGUGAUACCGCUAAGCCCGACAUCGCCGCCCCCAGCCUCGCCACCCCCAACAUCGCCGGUUCCGACGUCACCAGUCCUGAAGUCACCGAUCCCAACGUCUCCAGUUGCAAAGUCACCAGUCCCGACAUCACCAAUCCCGACAUCACCAGUUCCGACAUCGCCAGCUCCGACGUCGCCAGCCCCGAAGUCGCCAGCCCCGAUGUCGCCGACGCUGCCAGAACCCACAGCCUCCGUUGACCUUCCCAACGUCCCUCAGACAGAACCGCCCAGCCUGGCCCCUCUCCCCAAAAUCGAGAACAGCUUGCCCACCUUCUACAUCCCCCCUCAUGACGGCGCCGCCAUCACCCGCCCGCCGGCUGACGACCCCUCCGCCCCGCGGCCCGAGGCCGCCAGGAGGCCCGUCCGGGAGAGGCGGGAGUCGUCCCGCCGACCGGUGGUGGUGGUCAUCAGCAUGCAGAAGGACACAGUGCUGGACGAGGGCCAGGCUGCGGCGCCGGAGCUCCGGGACAGCGCGGCCCAGACCAGCGAGCCCCCGUCCCCGGCGGCCCGCGACGGCGCCAGCCUGGCGGUUCUGGAGAAGCUGGAGAGGCUGAACGAGGAGAAAGAGGAGCGGCAGCGGCAGCAGCAGCAGCAGAACGAGCGGGAGAUGAUGGAGCAGAUACGGCAGCAGAAGGAGGAGCUGGAGAAGCAGCGCAAGGCCCUGGCGCAGUACGAGCGGGACCUGCUGGAGAAGCAGCGGGGCGAGGCCCUGCAGAGGAUCCAGCAGAGCCGGCAGGGGGCCGCCGCCCAGGAGGGGGUGGGGAGGAGGGCGGACAGGCCCAGCUCCCUCCUGGUGACCCAGCUGCCGCCCCAACCUGCCCCCCCUGCAGAGCUGUCCCCUUCCAGCGUGGACGUGCAGAUAGUCCCACCCCCACAGCCGCAGCUCAAGGACCCAGCCCCCGCUGUCUCCAGAGACCGGACCCUCCCGGUCUUCCCGGCCGAGAGGAGGGAGGGCAGGCCCACGCAGGAUGGAUGGGCGCCUAAGGUCACCCUGGAGCCCCGGGACGGUGCCGCAAGAGGGAGAGGCCACAAGAAGGCCCCCUCCCAGACCAUCAGCAUCAGCAUGACUGACAGGUCCUCGAACAUCUUCUUCUCACCCAGGGACAACAAGGUCACCAUUUCCAAGUCGGACAAGGACUUUGCCAAUCAAGAGAGGUCGAUGGCGAUCCAGAAGGACGAAGCCUCUAGCUCCAAACCCUCCAAAGGACUGAAAGGACGUGAGGUUGCCAGACCAGGCCAUAAAAAGAAAGCCCGCAUGGCGCGGACACGCUCCGACUUCCUGACCCGCGGUUCAAACCCCGAGGGGGAGGGGGAGUCUGAGGACGAUGAGUACGAUGAGACCCCCCUGACGCCCCCUCUGUCCCCCAGCCUGCCCCACCCCAAGCAGGACGUUGAGGGGGGCGCUGUACAGGCUUGUCACAGUGACUCCGAAAUGCCGUCCACACACACUGGGGACCAGAAGAAGAUGCACAAGACCAUGUCCUCCGGUGACCUCGGCAAGGUGGACACCCUGAGGAAGAGCUCCCACACAGACGGCAGGGUUCGAGGGAAGAUGCGCUUCUGGGGGAAGACCAAACAGGGUGAUAAGAAGACAAUGAGGGAUAAGCUGGCCAGUGCGGGUGACCUGCCGGAGGGAGACCUUGCAGACCCUGGGCUCAGCCUGGGAGAGGCAGGGCAGGAGCAUAUGUCUCCUCCCCGCAGCCCGGACCUGGCCACGGAGCGGGGGAAGGAGUUCAAGGAGAACAAGGAGCCGUCCCCCAAGGUGAAGCGACGGCGCAGCGUGAAGAUCAGCAGCGUGACGCUGGAGCCGGCGCAGUGGCAGAACGACUCCCUGCAAAUCCUCACCAGCGCCAACGACUACAAGAGCAUGAAUGAGUUCCUGAUGAAGAAGAUCAAUGACCUGGACACAGAGGACAGUAAGAAAGACACCCUGGUGGAUGUCGUGUUUAAGAAGGCGCUCAAGGAGUUCCGUUUGAACAUUUUCAACUCCUACUCCACUGCACUGGCGAUGGAUGACGGGAAGAGUAUCCGCUACAAGGACCUGUACGCACUGUUCGAGCACAUCCUGGAGAAGACCAUGCGGCAAGAACAGCGUGACUGGAGCGAGUCUCCCGUCAAGGUGUGGGUCAACACCUUCAAGGUCUUCCUGGACGAGUUCAUGACUGAAUACAAGCCCAUGGACAGCACACUGAGCAAGGCGCCAAAACCUGACCGCAAAAAGAGGAGGAAAAAGGACACGGAUAUUGUGGAGGAGCACAACGGCCACAUCUUCAAGUCCACGCAGUACAGCAUCCCCACCUACUGCGAGUUCUGCUCCUCCCUCAUCUGGAUGAUGGACAGGGCCUGCGUCUGCAAGCUGUGUCGCUACGCCUGCCACAGGAAGUGCUGCUUGAAGAUGACCACCAAGUGCAGUAAAAAGUACGACCCUGAGCUGUCCUCCCGGCAGUUUGGGGUGGAGCUAUCCCGCCUGACCAACGACGAGAGGACAGUGCCCCUGGUGGUGGAGAAGCUCAUCAACUACAUCGAAAUGCACGGGCUCUACACGGAGGGCAUCUACAGGAAGUCCGGCUCAACCAAUAAGAUCAAGGAGCUGAAGCAGGGACUGGACACAGAUGUGAACAGUAUGAAUCUGGAUGACUACAACAUCCAUGUCAUCGCCAGUGUCUUUAAGCAGUGGCUGCGUGACUUGCCAAAUCCACUCAUGACCUUUGAGUUGUAUGAAGAAUUCCUCCGAGCCAUGGGUCUGCAGGAUAAGAAGGAGGUGAUUCGAGGGGUGUACUCUGUGAUCGACCAGCUCAGCCGAACUCAUCUCAACACCCUGGAGCGCCUGGUCUUCCAUCUGGUCAGGAUCGCCCUGCAGGAGGAGACCAACCGCAUGUCUGCCAACGCCCUUGCCAUCGUCUUCGCCCCCUGCAUCCUGCGUUGCCCGGACACCAUCGACCCACUGCAGAGCGUGCAGGACAUCGGCAAGACCACCGCGUGUGUGGAGCUGAUCAUCGGAGAGCAGAUGAAUAAGUACAAAGCCAGGCUGAAGGACAUCAACAGCUUGGAGUUCGCCGAGAACAAAGCCAAGAGCAGGCUGACCCUGAUCCGAAGGUCGAUGGGCAAAGGUCGUCUGCGCAGGACCAGCUACCACACGCCCUCCCCGCCCGUCAGCCCGCGGUUGCCGUCGGUGACGGACGUGGUGGAGGAGAGUGGGGGUGAGGAGGCGGGCGGCGAUCCCGAGCUGUCGGAGCAGCAGCAGGUGGCCAUGCAGCAGGAGGAGAGGGUGCUGACGGAGCAGAUCGAGAGCCUGCAGAAGGAAAAGGAGGAGCUGACCUUCGAGAUGUUGGCUCUGGAGCCUCGGGCCUCUGAUGAUGAAACGCUGGAGUCUGAGGCCUCCAUCGGCACAGCAGACAGCUCCGAAAACCUUAAUGUGGACUCUGAGGGAGCCACCUCUGACUUCUCUGAGAGAGGUCCAGCGCUGGCCGCCGCCCGGCCUAAGAAGUCAGAGGGGAAGAGCAGGAGGACGCUGCGUCGGCAGCCUGACUCCCUGGACUCCAUGGACUCCAGCUCCACCAUUUCCUCCGUCUCCUCCUCCUACCUGCACCCCUCCGGCGCCGGCACCGGCCCCGCCCGCCGCUUCCGCCUCCGAGCCAAGUCGCCCUCCUCGGGCCUGUUCCGGUCCAGCCCGCCCAAUGACAGUUUUGAGACGCCCGGCCCCGAGCAGGAGGGCGAGGAGAGGGCCCAGUUCACCAGCCGGGGCACCUUCAACCCAGAGAAGGGUAAGCAGAAGCUGAAAACGGCCAAGAGCUCCCCCCAGAGGCCGAGGGAGCCCCCCGACGGGAGCGGGCGGAAGAGGGAGCCCGACUUCAGCUCGCCGCAGCAGCUGGUGUUAUACGGCAGCAACGAGUUCAUGGUGUGAAAAGAGAGGGCCUGCCCCUGCCCCCCUCCCACACACCCUACUGACCCCCUGACCCCCUGACCCCUGACACCACCCUGGGCAUCUCCAUCACUCUUUCAGCACCCAGCUCUUCCCUUCCCUGUCCCAGUCUGCAAGGAGCAAGAAGCAUCCCAGAAUGCCGAGCGCUUGCCGGCAGGCAGGAGGGGAGGGGCGAGAGGACCCAGCGAGGAAGGGGACCCGGUUCUCAGGGCCCCCCCGCCGAGAAAAGGGAACAGGGGGGACACUGCGGCGGUGACCCGCCGGGAGCGGCCGUUCGGGCUCACGGCUCUCUGGCCGCGGACGCUGGAAUGCGGGAUUGUGGGAAGGCUAACGGGAGAGAGAGAGAGAGAGAGAUCCGUCGACUGUGCGAACAUCCUGGACUGACGCUAAAAGACUGGCUGCUUUAAGGUUUACAGAACAGAACAGUCCGGUGAAGCAGCAUGCUCCAUCAUUACACAGUUUUUGUUUUGUUUUAAUUUUCCUA